AUGGCUCAGCUGCCGGGCGCCGCCGGGCCGAGCGUGUACAGCGCCCGGUACGCGCGGCAGCUGCUGAGCCAGUCGCCGGGCAGCGUGUGGUGCGCGGCGCGGCAGCCGCGCGGCGUCUCGUGCGGGGCCGACGGCACGUACGCCGCCCUUCUGGAACCUUCCGUGGCGGCCCCGUGGCGGGGCGACAGCGGCGGCCGGUCCACGCGCGACGUCAGGCAGCCGCUGGCGCCCCCGUCCGGCCACUCCGACUGCCAGCUGUCCGUGCCGCAGUUGGCCGACCUGCAGCUGUUGGCCUCCGGGGCCUCCGUCCCGGCCGCCGGCGCCCAGCAGCCGGGCUCUUCCUUCACGGGCGUGACGCCCUGGCAGGGCCCGAUGGCAGAGCUCGAGUCGGACGACGACGUCCUCGAGGAGGAGGAGGACGACGACGAGGACGGCGCGACGGACUUCCGGCGAAAGCGAUCCUCGGCCUCGAGGGUGACCAUCGUGGUGGCGAGCGCCGGCGGCAGUCAGUUCAGCGUCACGUCGGACUUCGACGACGCCCCGAUGUCGGUGCACAAGGACCGCGACGAGUGGCAGCCGCCUGAGCGCCGGGGGCGGGAGGUGAAGGCGGCCGAGACCCCACCGCAGAAGAACCGAGAGGCGGUGACGCCGCCCGCCCACCGGGCGGUAGGAGGUGACGGACGGAGUAUUAUUGAGAGCCAGUUGAGCCAGAGCUGUGACCAGUCCCAAAUUUCACCAUUGACCAUCCCGCUGAUCUUGUUCUUCAGUUGCUGCGAUUGUCCCUCUCACGUCCGCUUUUGUUUCACUGGAAUCCCGAUCAACAUUGUCUCAAAGCUCUGUUUCUUUUGCUGUUUUGACAAUAAAGAUUUCAGGGGGUAUAAAUUACUUGUAUAA